AUGGCAUUUCCUGCAUUUAGACUUGGUGUCUUUCUACUUCUGUUGCACGUUGGUUCUGUAGCAAAUUAUCCCGAUGGAAACGUAGCAAUGUCAUGUGGUGGGAUGACUCCUGAACAUGGCCACGUACCACAGACUCAUCCUGUGCACCGCAUUUCGGUGAAUCAGAAAACAUUCAAACCGGGGGAUCAGAUCAAAGUGACUUUGUCAGGGCCACCGUUUAGAGGCUUUCUUUUAGAAGCUCGUGAUGCUGAGAAUUUGAACGACCCUCUUGUUGGCACCUUCACACUGAUUGACGCUGAAUUGUCGCAGGUUCUUACUUGUGAAGAUACACAGGGGUCAGCUGUGACUCAUAGAAAUCCAUCCAAGAAAAAUGAGAUAGAGGUCUUCUGGAAUGCUCCAAGCAAUAGCCCUGAUCACAUACAGUUUCUAGCCACAGUUGUUGAGAAAUAUAAAACAUUCUGGGUGAAGCUUCCUGGCCCUGUAAUUUCACUACCAAACUCACUUCCCUUUACAACGCGUGGAGCUACAAUACCACUGUUGUCAACAUUGUCCCCAGUUUCUCAUUUAACCAGAUCAUUCAGUGCUUCGGACUGUGGGAACAUGAAGUUCUGUGUUAGGAACCCUUUGGACUGUGACCCAGAGAAGGACCAUGCCUGUGUCUUCUUGUCCUUCAGAAGAAAGGACCAAUCAGUGAUAGUUGAAAUGAGUGGUCCCAGUAAAGGCUACUUAUCCUUCGCACUUUCUCAUGACCAGUGGAUGGGUGAUGAUGAUGCAUAUAUAUGUAUUCGUGAUCAUCAGACUGUGUACAUAAAGGCUUCCCAUCUGACUGGACGAAGUCACCCUGUGAUGGACUCUGAGGGUCAUCUUGAGGAUAUGGCUUGGAGGUUGGUGGAUGGUGUUAUGCAGUGUUCUUUCAGAAGAAACAUCAGCCUUCCUGGUUUAAAGAAUAGAUUUGAUCUAAAUGAAAGUUACUACAUUUGUAUAGCAGAUGGUGCAUCCAGUGAUGGUUACAUUUAUAGGCAUGCCCAGCAACCUUUGGUUACCUUUGGAAAAUACAAUGUGAUUGACAGUCCAAAGAACAUAGGAGGAUCUCGUUCUUCGCUGCUUCUGAAGAUUCAUGGUGCCUUAAUGUUUGUGGCGUGGAUGACUACUGCUAGCAUUGGCGUAUUGGUUGCCCGGUUCUUCAAACCUGUUUGGUCAAAAUCUUUAUUCUUUGGUGAAGCCUUGUGGUUUCAGGUGCAUCGCAUGCUCAUGAUCACGACUUCAGCCCUGACUUGCAUUGCUUUUGUUCUGCCAUUUAUAUACAGAGCAGGCUGGAGCCGACAUGCAGGUUUUCACCCAUACCUGGGAUGCAUAGUGAUGGCUCUAGCAGUUCUUCAGCCUCUCCUGGCAGCCUUCAGGCCAUCCAUAUACAGCUCAAGACGGUACCUGUUUAACUGGACUCAUUGGAGUAUGGGAACAACUGCUAGAAUAAUAGCAGUGGCAGCAAUGUUUCUUGGAAUGGAUUUGCCUGGACUAAAUCUUCCUGGACCGAGAAAAACCUAUGCAAUGAUUGCAUUUCUUGUCUGGCACAUUGCGACUGAGGUUAUCUUGGAGGUGCAUUCUUACCGACUCACUCAGAAAGUUGAAGUAUUGGAUGAUGCUAAAAUUCAGAUCCUUCAGUCAUUUACUGCUGCUGAAGAAGGUUAUAUGUUCAGAAAGGUGGUGUUUACAAUUUAUGUCUGUGGAAAUAUAAUUUUCCUCAUCAUAUUCCUAUCUGCAAUCAACCAACUAUGA